CCACCCGCCCACUCGCCUGCGGCCUGCCGGAAACCGGGGAGUUCUAGCCGGCGAUGACGAGGGAGGCGGCGGCCGGCCCUAAACGCGACCACGUCGCCGCUCAAAUCCUCCACUGCCCUGACCACCGGCCGGCCGGGAAGGGCCAAUGCGGCCAUCAGUAACAAGGCGACAUUAUCUAGUUGACCAAAUGCUUCUAUUGAAAAGGGAGCACUAGCAAUUUAUUGCCUUGCAGAAGUCAUGCAAUUUCCUGUUUGACGUGCAUCCAUAUGUACAAAGCAUAAAAGCUUCAUCAGUUCUGCAUAUUGGUAGUUUGGUACUAGCUUCACAGAUUGGCGUCAUGUAUUUCUGCGUGUUUGGUUUCCUGAAGAGGCACAUCAUCAAGCAAAUAGGCAUGCGGAGAAUACAAAAACCAUUUCAGACUGCUGGAGAAGCUAGAUCAAUAUCAGCUGCAGAUGAUAACAUAUAUGAAGAUGAUUCAUUGAAAGGAUUUCUGAGCUCACCAUUAGUUGAGUUCAGUACUGUUUAUUCAGCAACGAAUAAUUUCAGCGAAAAGCUUGGUGAAGGUGGAUUUGGGCCAGUUUACAAGGGGAUACUACCAGAUGGCCAAGAGAUUGCUAUUAAGAGGCUAUCUAAAAGCUCUGGGCAGGGACUGGAAGAGUUCAAGAAUGAGGUGAUGGUGCUAUCCAAGUUGCAACACCGGAACCUAGUGAGGCUUUUUGGUUGUUGUAUUCAUGGAGAAGAGAAGAUGAUGUUGUAUGAAUACAUGCCCAACAAGAGUCUUGACUCAUUUAUUUUCAAUGAAAGUAAGAGGCUUGUAUUAGGUUGGAAAUUACGAUACAAGAUUAUUCAGGGAAUUGGAAGAGGGUUACUGUAUCUUCAUCAGGAUUCCAGGCUGAAAAUUAUUCAUAGGGAUCUCAAAGCAAGCAAUAUUUUACUAGAUGAUGAUUUCAACCCCAAGAUAUCCGACUUCGGCAUGGCUAGAAUUUUUGGUGAACACCAGCUUCAAGACCUUACUCGUCGAAUUGUUGGAACCUAUGGCUACAUCUCCCCGGAGUAUGCAAUGGAGGGUAAAUACUCUGAGAAAUCUGAUGCCUUCAGUUUUGGCGUAUUGAUCCUAGAGAUUGUGAGUGGCCGGAGGAACAGCACUUUUAUUGAUGAAGAAUGGUCGAUGAACCUCUUGGGCUAUGCAUGGACCUUGUGGAAGGAAGGCAGUGUGUCAGAGCUUAUUGAUCCGCUGAUGGGCAACACAUACACUUAUGAUGAGGUCUGCAGAUGCGUUCAGGUGGGUCUCCUGUGUGUGCAGGAGUUACCAGCUGAAAGGCCAACCAUGUCCUUAGUGCUCAGGAUGCUGAGUGGUGAUGUUACAACUCCGUCUCCAAAGCAAGCUGCAUUUUUUGUUGGAAGGGUUCCUCAUCUUCCUGCGGAUGACAACUAUACUGGGUCAGGUAAUCAAUUGACGUGCACAGAUCUUCAGGGCAGAUAGUCUCACUAUUUCAGGCUGCUGAAGUUUCAUAUGGUAUUGUACGUGGCCUCGCUUUUUAUUGCUAGAUAUGCUGUUUCUCUACUCUUCCUUCCUAUUACUAAGAUUGUGUUUGUACGGAAUACUUAGUCCAAGAGAUAGUACUCCGGGGUAUAGAUUUAUUUGUAACUUGUGAACUGUAAUGUGUAUUUGGGAAUUUUGAUUGUGUAUACGUGUGAAUGUUUUAAAUCAUAUGAGAUUCUUGUGAA